CUUUUUCAGGAUGAAUUUCAUCCCUUCAUCGAAGCACUUCUGCCUCACGUCCGAGCGUUUGCGUACACAUGGUUCAACCUGCAAGCCCGAAAGAGAAAAUACUUCAAAAAACAUGAGAAACGCAUGUCAAAAGAGGAAGAGAGGGCCGUGAAGGACGAACUCUUAAGUGAAAAACCCGAGGUAAAGCAGAAAUGGGCGUCCAGACUUCUGGCAAAGCUUCGGAAAGAUAUCAGGCCUGAAUUUCGGGAGGAUUUUGUUCUCACAGUCACAGGAAAAAAGCCUCCGUGUUGCGUCCUUUCCAAUCCAGACCAGAAGGGCAAGAUGAGAAGAAUUGACUGCCUUCGCCAGGCAGAUAAGGUCUGGAGGUUGGACCUCGUUAUGGUGAUUUUAUUUAAAGGUAUUCCGCUCGAAAGUACUGAUGGCGAGCGCCUUGUAAAGUCCCCACAGUGCUCUAACCCCGGGCUGUGCGUACAGCCCCACCAUAUAGGAGUUUCUGUUAAGGAACUCGAUUUAUAUUUGGCAUACUUUGUGCACGCCGCAGAUUCAAGUCAAUCUGAAAGUCCCAGCCAGCCAAGUGAAGCUGAUAUUAAGGACCAGCCAGAAAAUGGACAUUUGGGCUUCCAGGACAGUUUUGUCACAUCAGGUGUUUUCAGUGUGACCGAGCUAGUAAGAGUCUCACAAACACCAAUAGCUGCAGGAACAGGCCCUAAUUUCUCCCUCUCAGAUUUGGAAAGUUCUUCGUACUACAGCAUGAGCCCAGGAGCAAUGAGGAGGUCUUUACCUAGCACAUCCUCUACCAGCUCUACAAAACGUAUCAAAUCUGUGGAGGAUGAGAUGGACAGUCCUGGUGAGGAGCCGUUCUAUACAAGCCAAGGGCGCUCUCCAGGAAGUGGCAGCCAGUCAAGUGGAUGGCAUGAAGUGGAGCCAGGAAGAGGAAACUCACUGGUCAAACCCUUGGACACCAGAAUAGUUGCAUGCAGUUUCCCAGGGAGCCAGAUAGCUCUAAAGCUUCCCAGAUAUCUAAGAAACCCCGAGCACCGCGGAGCACUACAUGGAAUGCCAUCGCCAACUGCAUUAAAGAAGUCAGAGAAGUCUGGUUUCAGCAGUCCCUCGCCUUCGCAGACCUCCUCCCUUGGAACGGCUUUCACACAGCACCAUCGACCUGUCAUUACAGGACCCAGAGCAAGUCCACAUGCAACACCAUCGACUCUUCAUUUUCCAACAUCACCCAUUAUCCAACAGCCUGGGCCAUACUUCUCACACCCAGCAAUCCGCUAUCAUCCUCAGGAGACUCUGAAAGAGUUUGUCCAACUUGUCUGCCCCGACGCUGGUCAGCAGGCUGGACAGGUGGGGUUCCUAAAUCCCAAUGGUAGCAGCCAAGGCAAGGUGCACAAUCCAUUCCUUCCUACCCCAAUGUUGCCACCACCACCUCCGCCACCAAUGGCUAGGCCUGUGCCUCUGCCAGUGCCAGACACAAAACCUCCAACUACAUCAACAGAAGGAGGGGCCACCUCUCCCACUUCUCCAACCUACUCGACACCCAGCACCUCCCCCGCAAACCGAUUCGUCAGUGUUGGACCACGGGAUCCAAGCUUUGUAAAUAUCCCUCAACAGACUCAGUCCUGGUACCUGGGAUAAAAGUCUCCGCUUCCCACCACGCACCGGACAGACCACCUGACCCCUUCCCACCUCUGUAACACGGAAGCAGCAGCAUCGCAGCGCAGCGACUUCACAUCGGCGGAAGGGGAGGCGAGCAGACACCGACAGCAAACUCGUACAUGGAAAUGGCAAACGUUAUGGUUGAAUGGCAAAGGCCGUAACUUUUUCGAGAUUUUUUUUUUUUUUUAAAACAACUUAGGACUGUUGUAAUUUCUCCUAUGGUGCUGGAAAUGGUUGGGCUUCAUAACUUUUGAAGUGUUUCAUUGGUAGUGUAAGCGUUAGGUGACACUGAGUAGAACUAGCCUCUGCUGCUGCUUACCAACUCGCUGUUGUAACACACUUUCCAUAUGGAGCCUAACUGUUUGACAGUAUCCUCAUCGAUUUUUCCCAUACAGGUGUGAGACUUCUUGAGAAAUCAUGAAACACACUUAAACUAUAACUUUUGUAGUAGCUGAAUUCUGCAAUAUAUAACUUACCGGACAGACAUAGAGCAUGUUUUCCUGUAACAUAUCGGAAAAAAAAUGCAGGUUUUUUUUUUGUUGUUGUUGUUGUUGUUGGGUUUUUUUUUUGGUUUUUUUUUUUUUUUUUUUUUUUUUUUUUACAGUCGGCACUUAGAUACGUAACACGAACCAUAAGAGCAUUGUCAACAAUUAUUUUCCACUCAAUUGCAGAGCGAUUUAAAACAUCGAACUACUACUAUUCACUUAAAAAAAAAAAAGAAAAAAAAGAAAAAAAAAGUUUGAAAUGCUGCACUUACAUUGAAAAAAAAAACAUUUUUCAACAAUUUUCAACAAUUACACAAAAAUUCACGCAGAAAUGGGGAAGUUGGUCUGUUUUGACAGAAACUGACAGGAAUCAAUCAAAACAAUCGAAUUUUGAAUUGAGUAAAGUGCAAUUUCAUUGGAUAGCUAAAUAUCUUUGUAAGAUAGAGAUUGUUGAAAAUUCUAUUUUUGUUUUCCAAGUCCUUCCACCCCGGGACUCUAAAUUAUUGGGGUAAAAAACAGCCUUGCAAGAAAAAGGGGAGCUAUUUUUGCUUUUUAUGUUUUUUAUUGUUGAACUUGUAUCCCUUUAAAACUGAAGGAAAAUUUAAAAAAAAAAAAAAAACAAAUCUAAUGGUGCUUUUACCACAAUAUGUUAACUACAUUAAAUGCUAAUUAAUCAUUUUCUGUUAUCAAAGCACAUAACUAAAAUUAAAUCAUAAUAUCUGUUAAUUUUAUAAGCUAAAAGUCACUAUAAUGGAUUAUGCCAAUUCUGACAAAUUUUACGUGUUUCCGGCAAUAUAGGGUUUAUCAGUUCUCAAACACCUUUGGGAAUAAUAGAGAACGGUCCAGAAAUUAAAACACCUUAGUGUCCCUGAACUGGUACAUUUUCUGGACUGCAAAGAAAACAAUACAGAAACGAAUGCUGAUCGUACAACUUCUGCCAGUUCAAAGCAAGGGCACUUGCUGAAGAAGAAGAGAAAAAGAAAAAAAAAAAAAAAGUUUGGACCCCAAACGUCCUGUAUCUUAUGUACAAAAAAAAGGAAAAAAAAAGAAAAAAAAAAAAGAGUGCAAGUGAUUUUUUCUAUCAGACAGCGGAGCACCCCUUUGCUUCACAUGCAACUUUAAGAAGGUUUCCUAUACUAUACAUAUAUAUACGUUCUGGUUGGCAAGUCCAGCUAAUCAGAGAAAGUCUCUGCAUGUUCUAGUGUUAGUAACUAAUUUUUAUAUAGUUAAUGUAGGGUAAAGUAGAGUGCAUUAAGACACAAUAUUGUAAUCCCUAUUCCAGGCACUUGCCUUUAAACUAUGUUUGUUCGACCCUUCAGAAGGGUUUCUACUACUGUCCUAUACAAUCAAGUAACUGAAAUUCUUGGGAAGACACUUUGCUCCUCAUCUUUUCCCUGAAACGAUGUUUUGUUUUGUUUUCUUAAUUUGCACGAAACAAACAAAAAAAAAAUUCCAUAUCAAUGUGCCUUGCCCUGGAUAGCGAUUAUUUGUGGAAUUGUUGCACAUGUUCCUAUAUUGAAAGGGGUUUUUCCCUAGUCAAGCAUUUGGAGACACUUUUUGUAAAUGUGACUUUUAUGUCAGCCAUUGUCAGUUUCAACAUCUAGAAUUAAAUAGGAUGUUAGUUGUUCCGCAGAUAGGAGUAGUGUUUAUUGUCCUGUAUGGUCAGUGGCAGUGCUAUUCUGAGAUCUGUAGAUGCUAGAUUAUCAGUAUUUUUGGAUGUUGCUGCAUUUUACAUUUUAUUUGGAGUCUUCCUUUUGUUUUGUUUUGUUUUUUUUUGUUUUGUUUUUUUUUUCCCAGAUAUAUGAAAAUAUGCAAUACCUGCUUAUAUCAUGUAGAAAAGCUUAGCGAUUAUUAAUUUUUCUUUUCAUUUUUUUUUUAUUUGACCAAAGUUGGUGCUGCACUUGACGCAGUGUGUUUUAGGUGUUUGUCUUUGUACUUUUGUGAUUUUGAAUGCACAUGCAGGAAGGGCUCUUCUUAGAGAAGCAGUCAAACUGUGAAGCACUAAGCUGAACCCUGCUUCAAGCAAUUUUUGUUUUACAACUGUUCCUUUCACAAGCAAGCCUUAAAAAAGAAAAAAAAACUUCCUUUUUCUUCAGAUCCCACACCCAUUUUUAUUAGCAGACUGCAAUCAAUCCACAUUCAAUAAAAGUAUAUAAUGCCCAUUUUUAUAUGCACGUUUUUAAACUUCCAAGUUCUGAAAAUUGUUUACUGGUUAUUCUCUAUUUAAGGAAAAAAAAAAUAAAAUGUUUUGGAUUUUCAUAUGUGUCUGAUAAGUGGUUGAGUAGUCAUUUUGCUCUAUUGUAUUGUGUGAUUGUUAGUAUAUGGUAUCACAUCCUCUAGCCAGCAUCCUUUGCCUUCCCUAUAGCACUUAGCUGGGCAUUACUUUAUUAAGACAUAUGUGCACUAAAAAAAAAAUAGCAGCUUUCAGUGCUUCACAGUGAAGGGAAAAAAAGCCUAGACAAACAUUUUGUCAGAACCUUGCUAUGAGACAAGGUAUUACCAGUAAAUUGGUUGUACAUACAAUAAAAUUGCACCCUUUUUUAAACAAAACAAACUAAGCAAUAGUUUGGGCAGUUAGUUGUUUUUAGUGAGCAUGUUGUAGUCAUGGCUGCAAAAGAGAGAGAAUUAAACUGCCCACUCAGAAGAUAUGUAAUUUGUAUGUUGUAUAGUUUUAUUGAUUACACUGAUUUAUUCUACCCUAUUUUAUAAUGCAGGACUUUUGUAAUGUUGUUUAAAUGAGGAAAAAUUUCUGUCAAAUUAGCUUAGUGGAAUUUCUGAUUGUUCGUUAUAAAGGCAGCGUUCAUAGAAUUGCUUUUUUUUUUUUUUUUUUUUCCUUUGGGAACUGGAUUUAAGUUA